AUGUCUGCCAAAUUCACAACUGAAAUGUUGCUGCUCAGCUGUUGCCUCAGCGUGCUGGCCAGUUGCGCCUUGGCUCAUCCUCGCUAUGUCAGCAGGGAUUCUAAACAUCGAGGUCGCUUCUUCGACUUGGAGGGCGCUGCCAGUGAAACUAGGCUGGCCUAUGCUGGUCGACCCCAACAGCCCUUGCAGCUGAAUGACAACUACAAUCUGAUCAUGCCCGACUACUAUGAUCAUCAUCCGGCCGAGUCGAUGCAGCUGCAGAACUUCGCCGAUUUCCACGAUGUUCAAGUGGCACCCGAAAAUGAUCUGGGCAUGGAUGAGUCACAGCAUCAGCAAUUCCUGCAAAGCACGCCGGUGCGCGCUCCCAUGCCAUUGAGUGCUGAGGAGCAGCGCAUCCGUCAGCAUGUGGAACCUGUUGAUCCGAAGCGCGAGAAGAAGAUGAUGCUGAAGCUGAAGAAGGGCAAUACAAAGCCCCGUGGUCCCGAAUAUCAGCAAUGGGAUCAGUUUGACUAUGACCUUUAUAGUGCUAAUCCGGGUGAUAGCAAGAAGUACAACCACGCCGGUUAG